UGAUUGCAUCAGCUAGACACCAUUUUAGUAACAUGCCCCUCAGUGGAGCCGAGGUUCGCGAUAUUCGGAGACCGGAUCACUGAACGUUACUGCUAGCCUUUUAUAGGCGUAAUUGUAACAUCUCGGGUUAACUAUAAGCUACUUUCUCUCUGAUCCCUCUAGGACUUGCAUUUUCGUGGAUAAAGGAAUUAUUUCUCCAAGAGUAGCAGGUAUCGUGACACUAACGUAGCCUAGAACAAUCAUAUAAGUUUAGCUGCACUAACAUUCAUAAGCAUUAUAUCCUUAUUUUUUCCGACUGAAAACCUAGAUGAUUCGCGUACUUGAGUGAUGACGCCAGCACUUCUAUAAAGUGCCUCCAGACAUCGAAGGCGCAUUGGAGAUUGGUUGUAUGAUGACUAAACUAGGAUGGUUGAUGGACGGAUAUGCGCAUAUCAGCGAGUACUUGCAUAGAAACCUCCCCCACUCAUAGCGUAUAUAACGAUAUACCACAGUAACCAUCAUUCUCCAAAAAUUUCUUUUGACAUCAAAAGUUCGAUUCCGUAGAUUGGUCGACUUCCCCAGUGCAAACUAAGCGCGAUAACCACAGACCGCCCAGCAUGCCGAAACGGAAACGGAGCUACGAACCGAGCCUCCCGGAGAAGCUGACGCAAUGGCACAAGGAGCUCGCGCGGGGGAUGAAGACGGCCAAGGGCUUCGAGCGCCAGCGCCUGAGCAAGCGCAUCCGCGAAGCCCAGGCCCAGGGCGCCCCCGACAAGGCGGCGAGGCUGGAGAGGGAGGUCGCCGUGCUGAAGAGCCUCGACCUCCAACAAGCCGCACACGCGCACCUGUGCUCGUCGCUGCUGAAGAUCAAGGGCGUGGCCGAGUCCCCCCGACUGCCCUCCGACCUAGUAAAGCCCGUGCCGAAGCCCGACGGCCUGUCCGAGGAGGAGAAGGCGGCGCUGCAUAACGUGACGAGCGCGCUGUGCAAUCGCAAGCAGAUCCGCGAUGUGAUUGAGGAGGCUGUUAUGGGCACGUGCAUGGCGCUGAGGGUGCUGAUGCCGGAUAAGAUGAAGAAGGGUGGAAAAGAUAAGAAAGUUAAAAAGGAGGGGAGGAAGGAGAAGGAGGAGCAGGCUGAUGAGAGGGAUGAUGAUGAUGUGAGGGCAGUUGGUCGUGAGGAAAAUGAGAAAGAGGACGAAGAGGAGUCCGAAUCUGGAGAAGAGGAGCCUGAGCCGGUGCUCUUGAAGAGGAAACGAGACGCCGUACCGGACGAAGAACAAGAGCUUAGCGGUGACGAGGAGAACGAAGGGGAGCACGAGGAACCGUUUGAGGGCUUCUCGGGCAGCGAUGAGGAAGAACGGGUGUGGUCGCGGUACGACGCUUUUGUGGCGGGUUCCUCUAGCGACGAGCACGAGUCGGACGACGACGGCGCAGAUGAAGGUGAAGUUGCGGCAGAUAGCAAGACACGAUUGGUUCGAAAAACAACGACCGCAGAUGAUAUAUCUAUCUCAUCAGCCGACUCUUUAUCGGAAGACGAAGACGAAGACGAACAUCCCGACGUUUCAGACAGCGAAAGCUCUGCAACCGCCUCUCCCCCCCCGUCCAAGAAAUCCAAAACCGCGAGACCCGGCCCUGUGUCAGUUGGCGGCUCCGCGUUCCUGCCCUCGCUGAUGGGCGGCUAUAUAUCGGGCUCCGAGUCUGAAGCCUCUGAUAUCGACGUCGGCCCGCCGGCGCGGAAGAACCGGCGAGGUCAGCGGGCGCGCCAGGCCAUCUGGGAGAAGAAGUACAAGGAGAAGGCGAAACACUUGCAGAAGCAGCAGGACAAGGGGCGGGAUCAGGGCUGGGAUAUGAGGAGGGGCGCUGUGGGCGAUGAUGAGGGGUCGAAUAAACCCUGGAAGAAGGGCAUUCGUAACCCGUUCGAGAAUAAGAACGUCCAUCCCGAGCGCUUAAGGCAGAUGCAGGGUGAAGGCGGAGACGGAGGCCGAAGCGGAGGUGGAAAUAGACGAGCCGAGGAAAGGCGGCCUGUGGAGGAUAAGCCGAAACCGAAGGUUCCUCCGAAGAGAGAUGAUACGGGGCCUUUACAUCCUAGUUGGGCGGCGGCUAAGAAAGUUAAGGAGCAGAAGGUUGAAUUUCAGGGACGUAAGGUCGUGUUUGAUUAGAGCUUGAUACCACGUUAGCAUAUCACGGAAACUACGAGACAGUGUUGUGAGAAUUCAUGGAAUAUGUUCUGCGUAAGCUAAUUCUAAAUGAUAUCUUGCAUGCAUGUAAAAAGCAGCCGCAUUAAUUGAACCCCCCUUUUCCUAAGCUAAAAUAGCAAAAUCUUUGGUAAACUCCUGAGCCAUGUCCGUCGCCAACUCUUGUCAAACCUGAAACUCCCUAAAACUAAUUCCGUCUUUUUUCCGGUUUUCUUCAUUCUCAUAAUAUCAUGGGUCUCAUGCUUC